CGUCCUCCAUUUCAGCCUUCUGUCCACAGAGGAUGUCCAUCAUGUCCUCCAUUUUUUGAGGAUGACCUGAGAAGCUUGAAUUUAUCUUUCUAUGAGUGUUUUUUUUAGCUUCUGUUUUUUGGUCAUGCCCUCCAUUUUUCUUGCAUUACCUGCAGAGGUCCUCCUUUCCCAGGACGCGUCCUCCAUUUCAUCCUUCUGUCCAGGAGGAUGUCCAUCAGGGACACAGAUGGCAUCUUGUUCAAUAGAAGAUGUUUUAAUCAUGGAUGUGCCCCCACCUACUGAACUCAUUGUGAAAGCUGGGACAGAUGCAAGGCUUCCGUGCACAUUCAUAUCGUCAGAAGAAAUUAGUACGGCAACCUCUGUUACUUGGAGCUUUCAACGGGAGGCAUCAACUGCUCGUCCCAUGACGUUUUUCUAUUAUUCUGAUGGGAAGGAAUAUAGUGGGAAGAAUACACAAUUCAAUGGCCGGAGCAGGUGGGAUGGAAACUUCACUAUGAGUGAUGCAUCCAUCAUAGUAGAAAAUGUGCAGCCUACAGACAAUGGCACUUACUUCUGUGAUGUCAAGAACCCUCCAGACAUAGUUGCUGAGCCAGGGCAAGUCAAAGUCAACGUUUUGGAGCCAGAAUCACCAAUAGGGCAUGGAAGAUCAGCAACAGCAAUCCCUGAAAUUGACACUGCCAGUGACACUGCCAUAACCAAAACCACAACCUCUGGAAGCAUUUCACUUAAUGGGGCAUCAUUUUGGCCACUUGUACUUACAUUCUCCUGCAUUUUAUCAUCUUUUCCAAACUAUUUGUUCUGAAAAUAAAGAACAUCUCUUAAAGAA